UUUAGCGGCGAAUCGUCGAAGAAGAUGAGCGAGCGUCCUCAAAAAUGGCUGCUCGCAUGUAACAUGCACCGGAAUCGCAAACGUUUUAAACGAGUACAGCUAUUAUGUUUCAGGUCGCUAAAUGUCCUGUUCAGGUCUGUCGCUUCCUUUCACCCCGAGGAAGCGUGCUGAUAGAGACGGUCAGGGGAAGGAAGUCGCGGAAUGACCCAAAAGCGAAGUCUAAGCAAGACCGGGUCAAGGUGCCGCCUCCCAUAGACCCGGUGGAGAUGGUCGUCCUCAAGGAGAGAUACACACAGUAUCAGAUGAUCAUGCGUGCUCUUAGGGUGGAGUUCAAGGAGCAAAUAAUGCGCCGACGCUACGAGGAGGAGGUGGGCUCCCGAGCGGAGGAGCGAACCAAGCAUGAGGCGGAGGAACACCGCGCCCUUAUGGCCUGGAACGAUGCGGAGAACCUUCGGCUCCGCCAGCUUCGUGAGAUCCGAGUUCAGAAGGAGGUGGAGGAGUUGGCAAUGAAGAGGGAGGAAGCCAUUGGUCUCCAAGAGGAAAAAAGGAGAAAGAUUUUGAAAGAAAAAGAACAAGAAAUCCUGCAGCUCCAGGAGGAUGUGAAGACGUUUAUUACCCUGGAGAAUUUGGACCAGCGCAUCGAGGAAGCGCUUGACAACCCAAAGAACUACAAUUUCGCCAUUGACAAGGAGGGCCGGAUAGUGAAACGGACUGCGAUCCCUUGAAUGAGAUUAAUUGAACUCCUCUGAGACGGGAUUAUCAAGAAUCCGCUAAGCUGUGGGUCUGGUUGGCGGUCACAUUACAUUUGUUUUGUACAUGUGCUGAUCACGGAUGUCCUGUGACGGUGGCAGAGGUUAUAGUGACAUCUGAGUUUUCAUCAGUGUUUGCAUUCUGCGUUUUAACCAUCAGACAGCACUGGGCCUUUGAGACUUGAUCUUGUUCUCUGAAGUUUUACUUGUAUCUGUACGUCUAUUAAAAAAUAUUAAAAUUGGUUCUUGUGACACCA